CGUCAAACUCCAAAGGACAUCAGAUGCCAAACCCGUCAAACUCCGCGAUGUUCACCGUUGGCCCGCCCGAGAAGCAAGCCAAAAUCUUCUUGGCCAAAGACCACGUCGACCGUGAAACAAUCAAGCAAAUCGAAGCCAUGAACGGCCACGAGUCGGUUUUGAAAGUCCGGGUCAUGCCCGAUGUGCACAAAGGCAACGGAUGUUGCGUCGGGUUCACGUGUAAACUGACUGAGUCGGUGUUGCCAGGCCUGAUAGGCGGCGACAUUGGGUGCGGCAUUGCCAUGCAUCCACUUCCUCCAACUCUCUUGUGCAAGAAGAACGCACUGGCCAAACUCGACACAGUCAUCCAACGCCACGUCCCCAUGGGAAACGGCCAUGACCGAGUGCAUGCCGUCCCUCUCGUGCAACCGUCGCAAUACGACAAAUAUUUUGCCCUCGCCCAGGAGGACGCAGAAGCGUUUGCAGCUGCAUUUGAAUCCGCGUUCGGUGUGAGCAUUCGCCAGCACAUGCCCACAUACUCGGCGGCGUGGUGGCGGUCACGGUGUGAAGAGAUAGGAUCCAUCUACGAGUUCGACCUCCGCGCAAUGGGGACGUUGGGGGGCGGCAACCACUUCAUUGAGAUCAACGACAAUGGCGGCGUUGACAGUGGGGGUUACAUCACGGUCCACACGGGGUCGCGUAACUUUGGCCAGCGCGUUGCUCGGUACCACCAUCUCGAAAACAGCGAGUCCGGCGCGACGAUGGAGCAAGACAACUUCGCCGACGUUCAAGACGACGACAAGGACACUCGCGGCGUCAGCUCCAACAGCCGGGCCUUGCGCGGGGCCGCCGCCAGCGCCUACUUCUUCGACAUGAUCUGGGCUCAAACGUACGCCAAGAUGAACCGUCGCGCGAUCUUGUCGGUUGUAUUGCUUGCGGUCGGUCUCGAGUUGGACGAAGCCAGCGUCAUGGAAAGCGUGCACAACUACAUUGAUUUUCGAGACCUUGUUGUUCGAAAGGGAGCCAUUCGGUGCCACGCCGGUGAACGGUGUGUCGUGGCACUCAACAUGCGGGACGGGGUGUUGGUCUGCGAAGGGAAAGGCAACGACGAGUGGAACCAAUCGGGGCCGCAUGGAUGCGGCCGCAUUCGGUCGCGUCAAGCCAUGCAACUCCGCAAGGGAAAAGCCGUGAGCGCUGCGAUGCGCCGCUUUCGCGACGAAAUGGGCGCGGUCGAGUCGAGCUGCAUUGUGCCCGAAACAUUGGACGAGCGGCCGUCGGCAUAUCGCAAUGCCGACUUGAUUGAAGCUGCCCUCGAGGACACCGCGACCGUCGUGCUGCAUGCUAGAACGCUGUUGAACGUAAAGGGCUACUAAUCCACCGAGUGUUUAGUCUGAA